AUGUCUAUUCCAAAAACUCAAAAGGCUAUCAUCUUUGAAACCAACGGUGGUCCAUUACAAUACAAGGACAUUCCAGUUCCAACCCCAAAGGCCAACGAAAUUUUGAUCAAUGUCAAGUACUCUGGUGUUUGUCACACUGAUUUACACGCCUGGAAGGGUGACUGGCCACUUGACACCAAGUUGCCAUUGGUUGGUGGUCAUGAAGGUGCUGGUGUUGUUGUUGCCUUGGGUGAAAAUGUCAAGGGUUGGGAAAUCGGUGACCUUGCCGGUAUCAAGUGGUUGAAUGGUUCUUGUAUGUCUUGUGAAUACUGUCAAAAGGCCAAUGAAUCCAACUGUGCCUCUGCCGAUUUAUCCGGUUACACCCAUGAUGGUUCUUUCCAACAAUUUGCCACUGCUGAUGCCAUUCAAGCUGCUAGAAUUCCAAAGGGAACUGACUUGGCUCAAGUCUCCCCAAUUUUGUGUGCUGGUAUCACCGUUUACAAGGCAUUGAAGACUGCAAACUUGUCCGCUGGCGAAUGGGUUGCUAUUUCCGGUGCCGGUGGUGGUUUGGGUUCUCUUGCUGUCCAAUACGCCACUGCCAUGGGUUACCGUGUCUUGGCCAUUGACGGUGGUGAUGAAAAGGGUGCCUUUGUCAAGUCCUUGGGUGCUGAAGUUUUCGUUGAUUUCACCAAGUCUAAGGACAUUGUCAAGGACAUUGUCGCUGCCACCAACGGUGGUCCACAUGGUGUUAUUAACGUUUCUGUUUCUGAAGCUGCUGUUUCUCAAUCCGUUCAAUACGUUAGAUCUUGUGGUACCGUCGUUUUGGUUGGUUUACCAGCUGGUGCCAAGGUUAUUGCCCCAGUUUUCGACUCUGUUGUUAAGUCCAUCUCCAUCAAGGGUUCUUAUGUUGGUAACAGAGCUGACACCGCUGAAGCCAUUGAUUUCUUCUCCAGAGGUUUGAUCAAGUGUCCUAUCAAGAUUGUUGGUUUAUCCGAAUUGGCCAGCAUUUACGAAUUGAUGGAACAAGGUAAGAUUUUGGGAAGAUAUGUUGUUGACACUUCUAAAUAA